AUGGUAAUCGUCAAUCUUCCCUCUUGUAACUGUUUUCGGUUCCUCUUGCGCUCAAAUAUAAACACUUUCUCAUUCAUUUCUUCAGUGGAGCAGGAAGAUUAUGAGUUUGCCGAAAUUAAUACUUUUACUAUAAUGUUCAAUUUUUCAUCUUCAGCCACCCCUAACCCUGGAGCAAAUAAAACGGAGCAAGGAGACUGGCGUUCAAUUCGCUUGGAUGCGCUAGUGCCUUCGACUUCAAUUCGCAAGUUUGGGGUUUAUGAACGUCUGUCUGACCUAUACAAUGACUCGGCGGGGCUAGCAGAUGUUUUCAUUCUGCCAGACGAGUCUGUUGCUUAUAUCUUGGCUUUAAAAAAAUGA